UGAUUGAUGCUUGUUCUUUUCCAUUAAGAACUGCUCUUCCCUAAACCGUCAACCCUAGCUCUUUUUGCCUACACCUAGGCUUUUACUUCUACCAAAGUGACUACACGCUUCCACCCAACACAUCACCUCUCCAGUAUCGAUUGCCACGGAGUCACAGACUGCAAUAUUUGGCUUGUCUCUCUCUCUCUCUGCAUGAAAUCAAACAAACUCUUGCGCUCACAAACUACAAAACCAGUUGAACAAAGAUGGGAAAGUGCAUGAAGAAAUUGAAGAUCGCAGGUGAUGUGGCUCUGAUCAUGGAGCUCUCCCAUUUACCCCAUGCGGCCUCCAUUGGUGCCUGUACCAGAGCCAAACUCCUGGCCCUUCAACGAUUCCAGAAAACUACUCUCUUACCCGCUGUUGCACCCAACCCAGACGCAUCCUCCCUCUCCUUCCUCCAGCUCCGCAGCCGCCGCCGCCUCCAGAAACCUCCUUUAUUCAGAAAACAACAGCUGCAUCAACAUCAACUACAGCCACAGCUUUGCAGAGAGAGCCCAAGCCCCAGGCCCAAUUCGAGGCCCAGGGUAGGGCGGGUGGACGAGGAGGAGCAGGGGUGUGUUGGUGCAUUUCCGAAGGGAAAUGAAUCAGAGGAUAGUAAUGAUUUCGGGGUUGAGGCUUCGUUUGGAAUGGAGCUUGAUGGUGGCGACAGGAGCAUCAGGCACAGCGUGCCAUGCAGUUUGAUAAGGGACUCAGAUUCCAUGAAAACCUGUGGUUCAACCUCCAGGCGAACAAUUUCUACUGAAGCUAACCAAAGAGUUAGGAAUGACAUGAGAAGAAACAUCCCAACAACACAAGAGAUGGAGGAGUUUUUUGUCUGUGCCGAGCAGCCACAACAGAGAAUGUUUAUUGAGAAGUACAACUUCGAUGUGGUGAAUGAUUUGCCCCUUCCAGGACGGUUUGAAUGGGUGCAGAUGGUUUCCUAAGCAAAGACCAUUUUAUUAGAGUUGCCAUUCCCUGCAAUUACUCAAUUGAUUCUUGGCUAGGGCAUUUGAAGUGUGUAGGGCAAGGAAGCUAGAGCUAACAUGACAGAACUUAUGAAUAGGGAGGGAUUCAUUAGGGGAGGAGAUUUGAGUAGGGUAGUUUUAGGGCUUUGAUAGUUCCAUCAAUGGUAAUAUCUCAUUGCUAGAUUUCAUUUCCAGUCUUUUCUUAAUUUUAGGGUGUUGUGUAUAGUUAGGUAGGGAUAAACCUUGCUCUUUGGAUUAAUGAAGUCUCUUCCCUUAUUUGGUGCCA